GGUUGGUUUGCUAUUUUACUAUUAUAUGCACAACACAACGUUUAAAGCCCACACACACACAACUAGUCUACUGAAUAUACAAUGAGUAAGAGAGCUAGAGAAACUGAUGAAUGCGAGGAAGAAAAAGAAGGAGAAUCAAAAACAAUAAUGACACAAAGGCGUUGGACAGACUCCCUCGAACGAUUGAAUCAAGUUUUCCAAAAGCUUACACCCUUUUGUGCAUUCUGUGAGGCACGUCUGACAACCAUUAUGACAUUUCAAAGUAUGCAAUCUGCUGUACCCGAAUUAAUGUUUCAAGAUCUGGUGGCCAUCAAGACAAUUUUACCGACUAUAAUCGAAUAUAAUUAUGCGGACGAAAGUCAAUUGAAUACCUCAGAAGAGAAUGCCUCGAAAGUAAUAGAAGUACGGUUGGGUAAACAAGUUAGUCAAUUGGCAAACCGAGCAAAGCACACACGAGUGAUAAGUAACCAAGGUGAUGAAAGUCGCCAUCAGGCCAUUCAACGUCAUUUGGUGAAGCCCGCAGCCAUACUGAAAACAAUUCAACGAAAUAAUGAAAAGUUCGUUGGAGCACUGGAUAAAUUCGUUGAAACUGCUAAUAGUCAUGGAUAUGGGGUUGACCAAUGGCUUGAAAAGGAGAUGAAAAAAUACUAUUUAGAAGAUUCCACAUUAGAUACUGCAGGUAUAACCAAAGAUUCGGACGAGCCUUCAUCAUCAUCAUCGUCACUUGAAAGUCUCCGCUCGAUCACUACUUUAUUAUCAGAUCUAAAACAACAACCUUUUUAUUAUAAUCAGUUGGAUGAAGAAAAUGAUGCAUAUCAAUCCAUCUUACCUGCUAAACCUGCUCGCUAUGGACAUUUGGAUGCUCCUUUAUCCGCUUCUAUUCAAGAUUUCUUGAAUGAAAACAAUACCACUCAAUUAUAUCUUCAUCAAGCCCAAGCUAUCAAUGCCUUAAGAAAAGGAGAAAACGUGAUUAUUUCAACAUCUACUUCUAGUGGCAAAUCACUGAUCUACCAAAUUCCUAUUUUGGAAACCCUACUUUCAGAUUCGUCUUCACGCGCCUUGUUCAUCUUUCCUACAAAAGCUUUGGCACAAGAUCAACGUCGAUCUUUAAUGAAUUGUAUCAUGUCUCUACCCUCAUUGGCCAAUAACAUAAAGGUGUCAACCUACGAUGGUGAUACGCCUUCGGAUCAACGAGCAUUGAUAAGAUCAUCCUCUCAAGUGAUAUUAACCAAUCCUGACAUGCUCCAUUAUUCGAUAUUACCUAAUGCUACAAAAUAUUGGCAGACUUUUUUUUAUUCAUUGAAAUAUAUUGUGAUUGAUGAGGUUCAUGUCUAUCAUGGCGUGUUUGGAACAAAUAUGGCUCUAAUAUUAAGAAGAUUACGAAGAUUAAUUUUGGAGUAUUUUCAUAAUGACCGAGUACAAUUCAUCUCUUGUAGCGCUACAGUUGCUAAUCCACAAACACAUAUGAAACAACUCGUAGGCAUUUCAAAUGUUACCACGAUUGAAGACGACGGUGCUCCAUCUGCAUUGAAAAAAAUCAUCAUAUGGAAUCCACCAUUAUUAAAUAACGGCACUGCUCAAAUGUCAAGACGAGGUGCGGUGGCGGAAUCAGCUAGUCUGUUGCAAUUUUUAGUAUCUCGAAAUAUACGAACUAUUGCUUUUUGCAAAAUUCGAAAAACAUGUGAAUUAUUAAUGAAGCAAGUACGAGAAAAUCUGGAAAAGGAACAGCGACAAGAUCUUUUAUUGAAGAUUCACUCGUAUCGAGGAGGGUAUACACCAAUUACUCGUCGUCGUAUUGAACAACAAAUGUUUCGUGGGGAUCUCUUGGCGAUUAUUGCAACCAAUGCCUUAGAAUUAGGCAUUGAUAUUGGUAGUUUAGAUGCUGUGAUGAUGGUUGGUAUUCCCUGGUCAUUGUCAUCCUUUUGGCAACAAUCAGGUCGAGCUGGUAGAAGAAAUCAAGAAUCUUUAACAAUAGUAGUACUAGAUCAAAAUCCCAUGGAUCAACAUUACUUGAAACAACCUCAGUCGUUAUUUGAAAAAGAUAUGAUGCCAUUACUAUCGGAAGUAGAGAAUAAUGCAGCAUUAGAAAGUCAUUUGCAUUGCGCAGCUGAAGAGCUUGCUAUUCAGAUUGAUCGUGAUCAACUUUAUUUUGGACCACACCUGGCCACAAUUUGCAAAGAAAAGCUUAUUCAUCUUCCUGAUCUCAAUAUAUAUCGAUCUCAGCCCUCACGUUUACCCAACCCUUCACAUUAUGUUAAUAUUCGUGGUAUGAUGGAAGAGGAAACAUAUGCAAUUGUUGAUACAACUGAUCCAAAGACAAAAAUCAUAUUGGAGGAAAUCGAGGCAUCACGUGCGCCAUUUGAAGUAUAUGAAGGUGCGAUAUUUAUUCAUCAAGGUCGAACAUAUCUUGUAGAGGAAUGUAAUGUAGAUCAUCGAUAUGCCAAAGUUCACUUGACAAAAGUCGAUUGGACCACACGUCAAAGAGAUUAUACCAAUGUCAAUGUAUUGGAAACCAAGAAAAAAAAACCAAUCCUAUCUUCUUCAUCUCAAUUGGUUUCUUUGGGACAGGUGGAAAAAGAAACUAUCGUAUUUGGUUAUUAUAAAUUGGAUAAACGGAAUCGUAUUCUGGAUAGUAUAGAUAUUCAUAUGGAUCCAAUUAUGCGUACAUGCUUCGGUUUAUGGUUUGAUGUCCCAUCCCAUGCCAUAAAUCAAUUGGACAAAUGGUCAAUCGAUCCUAUGGCAGCAAUCCAUGCUAGCGCCCAUCUGUUUAUUUCGCUAUUACCACAAUUCACUCAUUCCAAUGUGGAUGAUGUUAAAACUGAAUGCAAAAGUCCUUAUGCAACUCGUCACAGACCGAAUAGAAUUGUAUUGUAUGAAUCACUCCCUUGCGGUGUUCUACGUCAAGUGUAUGAUUGUUUUGAACGAAUUUUAAGAUCUUGUAUGCAGCGUGUCGAUACAUGUGAAUGCGAAUCUGGUUGUCCAAAUUGUGUAUAUCUUUUAACUUGUUCUGAACAAAAUUUGAUUUGUUCCAAAACAGGUGCUCGCUUGAUUUUACGAUCCUUACUUGACAUGAGUUUCUCAGAUAUUGACCCCCCAUCUCUUUUUCCUUCUCAAAUGUGAUUGCAUAAUAAAGGAUGUACGUUUUAUUGCUCUAGUAUUGAAACAUUGUCGCCUUUUCCAUUUUCGCUUGUUUUAAAACUAAAUUGCUUUCAGUCAUUCGAAAUUGGUUACAUGUACACAAUAAUAUACGAAGUUUUUUUUUUUAUUGUAAUGAUUUGCAAUAAAGACGGGUGAUACCAUUGUAUUAGCAAUAAUAGGGUAGUGAUGAUUGAUAUGUAGUGAGCACCAGUUUUAAGU